CUCCAAAAUUUGGCGAGUCAGUCUCAGUCCCAGAGUCUUCUUUUGAAACUUUCUAGAGAGCAAUUUUUAUUUUAUAAAUUCCACAAAUAUCUCUUCAUCUUUUCUGAGAUUUUGAUUUUACCUUUUAACGCUGUUGAAAUUCAGCAAUAACCAUCGGUGCUGAUGGUGUUUUGAUUCCUCGAAACUGGAGAAAUUCUUCAAAGGAGACAUGUACGUAAGCGGCGCAACUCCAAUGCGGAAGUCCUUCAAGGAUUCGCUCAAAGUUCUCGAAGCCGAUAUUCAGCAUGCUAAUACUCUGGCAUCUGAUUUUUCACGGGAGUAUGAUGGCGCAUGUCUACAGAUGAGAAUGUCAUACAGUCCUGCUGCACAUUUUUUUCUUUUUCUAGUUCAAUGGACCGACUGCCACCUUGCUGGUGCUCUCGGACUGUUGAGAAUCCUAAUAUAUAAGGUAUAUGUUGAUGGCACAACCACUAUGUCCACUCACGAGAGAAAAGCAAGCAUUAGAGAAUUCUAUGCUGUUAUUUAUCCCUCUUUACUGCAACUUCAAAGAGGUGUCACAGAUUCAGAAGAUAAAAAGCAGAAAGCCGUAUGCAUGGAGAGAUACAGGAGAAAGGAUGAAGAAGAACAUAGGCGUUGCUCGGAGUUGGAUAUUGAAAGGGAAGAAGAAUGUGGGAUUUGCAUGGAGACAAAUAGUAAGAUAGUCUUGCCAAACUGUAACCAUGCCAUGUGCCUGAAAUGCUACAGAGAAUGGCGUUCAAGAUCACAAUCUUGCCCUUUCUGCCGAGACAGUUUAAAAAGGACAAAUUCUGGUGAUCUAUGGGUGUUUCUGGACAGCAGGGAUGUGGUAGACAUGACAGCUAUCACAAGGGAGAAUUUGAAGAGGCUGUUCAUGUACAUAGAUAAAUUGCCUCUGAUUGUCCCUGACACCCUAUUUGAUGCGUAUGAUACCCAUGUAAGGUAAAUUAACUUGUGUCUUUGAAGGCAUUGUGCCAUUCUGGAUGAAGUGGGAUCUUUCUCAUUCUGAGAGUUUAUUAGAGGAGCAAGACAAUCAUCUCUUACAAAUUAGAUUUAGAGACCUGAGUGGUUCAUUCCACUUCUGGUUAGGAAAAAACCCACCCUUGAUUUAUUGUGGGCAGAGGUUUAAGUUUAGGUGCAACAAAGGGGGAAGGUAUCCAUCUUAUGUGUCUAGAAUUUGUAAAUUCUUGUAUAGUUUGGAGUCUGCUGCUUAUUUAAGCUACACUAAAAUUUGAUAUUGUGAUGUGCAAAUGAAAGAAAUCAACUGCUCAAUUUAUGAAA